AUGGAACAAAAAGAUAUAAAGAACACUUUAAUAGUUAAUGAAGCAAAAAUAAAAAAGGCAAGAUAUUUACUGGUAAUCUUGCUAAUUAUGGAAAUAUUAGUUAGCAUUUUAAAAUUAAAAUUAUCAAUUUUUUAUUUUUAUGGAGAAAUGAUUUGUUUAAUAAUAUUAAUUCCUAUCAUUUAUAACAUGCAAUAUAAUGAUUGUGUUUUACAUGCUGUUCUUAUUUUAUUCAACUUCCUAAUUAUGGUAAACUACUUUAUUUAAACCUUGAUAAAAUCUUCUCGCUUCUUGAGUUUAAACUCUCCAUAGAUACUCAUUUCUUAUAUUUCUUUUGGAUUUUACACAAUAGAUCUAGUCUUUAUAUUUUCUGUAUACAGGAUAUUAAAGUCAAACAGCUAUUAUUAACUACUAUAUUGCUCGCUAUAAAAUAAUAACCAAGUAAGAAAUAAUAAUAGCAAUAAUAUAAAAAACAUAGAUCAAAUCAAAGCUUCAACUGAAAAAAAAGAAAAUAUUAUAUAAUAAUCAGUAGAAUAAUUUUAGCUAAUAAAUAAAAGUCAAUAAUAACAAUCUAAUACAAAUAAGUAAUUAGGACUUUUCUCUAAUUUAAAAAUUUGA